AUGAAUCAAAUAAAUGCAUCAGUGAAAGGUGGACUAUUUAACGCUCAACUUGCUAAUCAGAUUUUUGUUCUUUGUCAGCAACUCAAAUUUUCUGGACAACUUCUCGAGCAAUCUCAUAAAAAUGAACUGAAUCGAGUUUUCGUAUCUUUGCGACAAGCUUGCUGUCGUGAUAAUGGUCAACUUGGGACGCCGUGUCGACUCAAAAUGAUGGAAUUGGUGGAAUUACGAGCAAUGGGUUGGAGACCAAGCCUAGCACAUACACAAUAUUAUCUUAAUCGUCCUGAACAACAACAGCAACAAAUUGAUCCUGCACCAAUAAGUGCUCCACCAUUCGGUACAAUCCCGGUAAAUCCGUUUGGUAAUUUUGGUGGUCCUUCACCACCACUUUAUGUUGGAAAUGAUGUAAACAAUGCAGUAAUCACUCCACAACCCACACCAGCAAGUUUCUAUCUGAUACCAGCAGCUGCUGCUAGUGGAUGGGCUCGACCAAUAAUAGCUCCCGGUGUUGUACCAUCUGGUAAUAUUUUGCCUCAAUUAACACCAAUUGAUGUAGAAGCUUGGGCGAAAGCUAACAAACAACUGCAACAGACAAAAUUGAAAGCAAAAACACCACAAAAUCGUGUUCCACAAUUACGCGAGGAAAUGGUGAUACGUAAUAGUGAUUCUGGCAAAAUUAUGGGUGUUAAAGGUCGACGUGUAGCAGUAGUGGAAGAAUUAAGCAAAACAGUAAUAUCAUUUCAAAAAGUUGAUUCCAAAUGUAAGGAUCGUACAUUGACAAUAACUGGUAGUAAUCAAGAAUCGAUUGAUUAUGCGAAACGUCUCAUCGAGCAAACAAUUCGUCGAAAUAUUUCACCUAAUCGAACUGAAGCAAAUGAUGCAGAAGUUGAUGACAAUGAUGAUGGUGAUGAUGAUGAUGAUGAUGAUGUUGGGAUAUCAAUUGAAACGACACAAGAUGGCACUUUGAAAUUGUCGUGUGCUGAUCCACAAGUGCUUCAGGCAGCGCAAGCAGCUCUAAGUGAAUAUUUAACAAGAGUUGGCCGAAAUCAUUCGCGAAUAUCAGCUGAAGAACGUGAACAGCGCAAAGAAAGAAGAAAAUCAAUGCCACUGCAGUCCUCAUCAAAUCGCCAAAUUGCUAACUGUGACAACUCACCGGUAAGUACUAGUAGCAAUGUGCAAUGGCGUUCUUCUGGUAAAACAGGUAGUACACCAAAUUUGACUCAAUUAAAUAAUGCCACAGCUGGUAAUGGCGAUGUGACAGAAAUAAAAGUAAGCAAGCAGCGUUAUGAUCGAAUGCAAUUAUUGAAAUUACGUUCAGCUGCCGGAUAUUUAGAUUCGAAAACGACUGCAACCAUAUACGAACUCGAAAUUGGACGUACCCAGCGUACUAAUGUACCUUAA